UAUUUCUCAGACUCUAAACAAGGAUAAAUAAUCUCGCAUCCAUCUCUCUCGUUCGUCACCACCCCCAAAUCAAAGAAAUUAGGGUUUUCAUCUUCUCACCCCUCCCCCCCUUUCGGAUCCUCUCGUAUCCGCCCAAUCGACGAUGACCGGCAAGGCGAAGCCGAAGAAGCACACGGCGAAGGAGCUCCAGGCGAAAGCCGACGCAGCGUUGACCAACAGAGGCGGAGGAAAGGCGGGGCUUGCGGACAGGACGGGGAAGGAGAAGGGAGGUCACGCGAAGUACGAGUGUCCGCACUGCAAGAUCACGGCGCCGGAUCUGAAGACGAUGCAGAUCCAUCACGAGUCGAAGCAUCCUAAGCUGCCUUACGAGGAGCCGAAGAAUCUCCACGAGGCGCUUGCUGCUCCUGAAUCUUCCAAACCUAAACCUGGAAUCAGAGGAAGCCUCAAGAAGUGAUUGGUUGUGAUUGUGUUGUCGUGGAGUUUGUAUUUGAAGUUAUGUAAUAAAAAGAUGUCAGUCUUAAAGUUGUUGAUGUGAGAAUAUAGCGAUGAUGCUAAUAUCAUAUGAAAUUAACUGAUAUCUCUGAUGA